AUGCGCUACCUCGCGUUCCUUGCGGCCGUUCUCCCCUUCGCCAGCGCCACGCUGCUCAAUGCGCGGACGAUGGCCCUCCACGAGCGUCGCGAGGCAGUCCCGACAGGCUUCGUCAAGGUCGGCGCCGCGCCGAAGCAGGAAACCCUUACCCUACGACUCGGUCUCGUUCAAGGAGACAUGUCUGCGCUUGAGCAGCGUCUGUACUCCGUCAGCACUCCCUCGAGCUCUGAAUACGGCAAGUUCUUGAGCAAGGAAGAGGUUGAGUCGUUCGUUGCCCCCAAGCAGGAAACACUCGAUGCUGUCAACGCCUUCCUUUCCGAGAACGGCAUCAAGUCGUCUACGUACUCCCCCGCCGGCGACAUCUUGAAGAUCGAAGUUACUGUCGAUCAGGCGAACAGCCUGUUCGCCACGACCUUCGACACCUUCAAGCACACUUCGACCGGCACCGAGACCGUCCGUACGCUCGAGUAUUCGAUCCCGGUUUCCUUGAAGGAGCACCUCUCCUUUGUCCACCCUACCACGAUGUUCCCUGUCCAGCUCAACCGUCAACCCCUCACGGUUAAACCGGCAUCUGCGGCCAAGUCCAACAGCUCUCUGACCAGUGAUGCCGUCCCGUCAUCUUGCUCGUCGACAAUCACCCCGGCCUGCCUGCAAGCCAUGUAUGGCAUUCCAUCAGCACCUGCUACUGAGUCGAGCAACAAGCUCGCUGUGUCUGGCUUCAUCGAGCAGUACGCCAACGAGGCUGACUUGAAGACCUUCCUUACGGACCUCCGCACGGAUAUUGACUCUUCAACCACUUUCACUCUUGAGACCAUCGACGGUGGCUCGAACCCACAGAGCACGGCAGAUGCUGGAGUGGAGGCUGAUCUCGAUGUCCAGUACACCAUCGGCGUAGCGACGGGCGUCCCGACGAGCUUCAUCUCCGUCGGUGAGGACCAGAGCGACGACAUCUUCGGUUUCCAGGACAUCAUCGAGUACUUGCUUGCGAUGGAUAACCCUCCCCAUGUCCUCACCACUAGCUACGGUGCGAACGAGGAUGAGAUCUCCGCGGGUGUCGCUGAGUCCCUUUGCAAUGCGUACAUGCAGCUCGGUGCUCGCGGUACUUCCAUCCUGUUCUCUAGCGGUGAUGGUGGCGUAGCCGGCUCGCAGACCACGAGCUGCUCAGCGCAGUUCCUCGCCACGUUCCCCUCCGGAUGCCCUUACAUGACGAGCGUCGGUGCCACUUCCGGUUACCCCGAGGUUGCAGCGGACUUCUCCAGCGGUGGUUUCAGCAACAUCUUCCCCACGCCCGACUAUCAGGCGGACGCUGUCGCUGCCUACCUGGACACGCUCGGCAGUGAGUACUCGGGCAAGUACAACGCAUCAGGCCGCGCUUUCCCCGACAUUGCUGCUGCGGGUGUGAACUGCGAGAUCGUCUACCAGGGUCAGACCGGCCUUGUCGAUGGCACCAGUUGUUCGAGCCCCAUCUUCGCCAGUGUCAUCGCUCUUCUCAACGACGAGCUUGUUGCCGCCGGCAAGUCCCCGCUCGGCUUCCUCAACCCCUGGUUGUACUCCACUGCCGCCUCCGCUUUCACGGAUAUCACGUCUGGCUCGAACCCUGGUUGCGGCACUGACGGUUUCCCCGCUACUUCCGGCUGGGACCCCGUGACGGGUCUGGGCACACCAGUCGUAGGCCUGCUCCGCACGGCUGCUGGUCUCUAG